CGGAGCUCUGUCAAUGUGACUGGGUCACUUCGAAGAAGAAGCGAGUGCUCACCCAACCCUUUUGUUCCUCCCUCUCUCUCUCUCUCUCCCUCUCCAACACCACCCCCCGCCGCCCCCCACACCGAAGGGUAGAGUUUCGUGUACAGUGAGUAGAGUGGGACAAACCAGUGUCCGAGUUCCGGAGGGGAAGGGAUGAAGAAGAGCUGUUCGUCCCGGUCCCUGUGUGCUGAGCUGGGCCAGGGGUCACCGUCCGGCUGGGGGGAGCAGCACGUUGGCAGCAGACUGGGCCAGCGGUGGAGGCAGCCGCAGUGGGCUGCCAGCGUCUCGGAAGAGUGCUCUGUACUCUCGGCGGUGCCCUCGUCACAGCGGUGCCCCAGGGCUGUCUGUGUGCUCAAUGAGACCGCCAAGCCGAAUAGCCCCGAGUGGGGAGCACUGCAAUGCCUGGCCAGAGCCUGCAGGAGCCGGGAUACCGAGCUGCUGAACCUCCCUUUCGGCAAGUUGGACUUCGGGGAGACCCCAGUUCUUGACUCCUUUUACAAUGCAAACAUUGCUGUGGUGGACAUGAGUGAUGUGGUCCGGCAGCCAACCCUGUUUUACCAUCUAAGUAUACGAGACAGCUUUGGCAUGACAAACAGUGUUAUUCUCUAUCACAACACUGACCUGGAGACUGCUCAGUCACUCAAGGCUGCUAGCAGGAACUAUCAUUUCAUCCCCUAUGUGACGACCACCAACAACGAUUACCUGUGCUGUGAAAAUGAUUUUCAACGGAGAGUCUCCGAGUAUUUACAACCAAAUUGGGACAUCUUACUGGGACCUUUCUGCCAGCCAUUGGUGGAGAAAUUUAUCAGUCUCCUAAAAGAUAUUGAAGUUACUCCCUCAUGCACAUAUAUUAAGGAUACUCUGCUGAGCGACAUUCGAAAAUUGAGAGAGAGAUACCAAGGUGAAGAACUUGCCAAGCAACUCACUGGCAUUAAGCAGCGUAUAGAAAGCACUGAGAUUGUCACGCCUGACAUUAUCACAAACUUGCUUUUCUCAUACAGGGACACUCAGGAUUACGAUGGCAUGGUCAAGCUGGUAGAAACACUGGAGAUGUUGCCGACCUGUGACCUGGCUAAUCAGCACAACAUCAAAUUUCACUAUGCAUUUGCACUGAACAGGAGGAAUCAUCCAGGCGACAGAGAAAAAGCUUUGAGUGUAAUGCUUGAAAUCCUGAAUUCAUGUGAGCAGCCUGCCCCUGACAUGUACUGCUUAUGCGGAAAAAUUUAUAAAGACCUCUUUCUUGACUCGUACUGCAAUGAUAUAGUGAACCGAGACAGUGCCAUAGAAUGGUAUCGCAAAGGCUUUGAGCUCCAACCAACCGUAUACUCUGGGACUAAUUUGGCCAUUCUCCUAAUUGCGGCUGGUCAGCAGUUUGAAAGCUCAAUGGAACUGAGAAAAAUUGGCAUGCGACUGAACAGUCUGCUGGGUAGGAAAGGAAAUCUGGACCAAAUGAACAACUACUACGAUGUGGGCCACUUCUUCACAGUCAGCAUGUUAGCCAAGGACGUCAACAAGGCAGUGCAAGCAGCCGAGGAACUCUUUAAACUCAGGCCCCCUUUUUGGUACAUGAAAUCAUUAGUUCAGAACCUGAUCUUGCUUCAGCAAUUCCAGAAAAUCAACAAUGAUCAUUCCCCAAAACAGGAAUGUCUCAACUUCUGGAUGGAUAUCAUUGUGGAAGCAACAAAGCCUAAUAUCCAUGGAUUACGUUUUCCGGUUUUGAUUCUUCAACCAACAAAUAUCUACCAGCCAUCCUACAUAUCCAUAAACAGUGAGGCAGAUGAGAAAACAGUAUCCAUUUGGCAUGCCUCAUCAGAGGAAAUGAAGGGGAUUCAUGAAUGGAAUUUUACAUCCUCAUCCAUUAAAGGUAUAAGCAUAUCCAAACACGAUGAGCGUUGCUGCUUCUUUUACGUCCAUGACAACUCUGAUGACUUUCAGAUCUACUUCUCCACAGAGGCUCAGUGCAGCAGGUUUAGCCGCUUGGUAAAAGAAAUUAAUGAUGAAGCAGCCACUGCUGGGGAGCUGGAGAGUGACACUGAUGGAGAGACACUGGAGUAUGUAUAUGACUACGAAGAAUCUGAAGAAAAGGUGGUGUUAGGAAAAGGCAAAUAUGGAGUGGUGUAUGCAGGACGGGACCUCAGCAAUCAAGUAAGAAUAGCAAUUAAGGAAGUACCAGAGAAAGAUGGCAGGUACUCUCAGCCCCUUCAUGAAGAGAUUGCUCUAUACAAGCGCCUUAAGCACCGGAAUAUUGUCCAGUAUCUUGGUUCAGUUUCUGAAGAUGGCUACAUCAAGAUUUUUAUGGAGCAAGUGCCAGGAGGAAGCCUUUCUGCACUCCUCAGAUCAAAGUGGGGCCCAUUGAAAGAUAACAUCUCUACCAUUGUGUUUUACACCAGACAGAUCCUGGAGGGCCUACAAUUUCUCCAUGACAACCAGAUUGUGCACAGAGACAUCAAGGGAGACAAUGUUCUUGUAAACACUUACAGUGGAGUGGUGAAGAUCUCAGAUUUUGGAACAUCCAAACGAUUGACAGGAGUGAAUCCUUGCACUGAAACAUUUACUGGAACACUACAAUACAUGGCUCCUGAGAUUAUAAACAAAGGCCCGCGAGGUUGUGGUGCCCCCGCAGAUAUUUGGUCUUUAGGCUGCACUGUUAUUGAAAUGGCGACAGGGAAGCCGCCAUUCUAUGAAUUAGGGGAACCCCAAGCAGCCAUGUUUAAGAUUGGAAUGUUUAAAAUCCACCCUGAGAUCCCAGAAUCGAUGCCAGCAGAUGCAAAGUCCUUUAUUCUUCGCUGCUUUGAGCCUGAUCCCUUUAAACGAGCUACGGCAGCAGAACUACUUAAAGAUCCUUUCCUCCGAAAGACUAAUAGUGGCAAAAAAAAUAAAAUUGCCUUCAAACCAAGUGAUCAUUGUCUGACCAUCUCGCUUCCUGUCACAUCCCACAGUGAAAACCUGGGCAGCAAUGAAAGUGAUCAUGGAUCAUUGUCACCAGACUCUGACGCAAAGCAUGAUAUUUUCUUUGAGAGAAAUAGGAAACCAAAUGCAAAAAAUCUGACCCAUGUUUUAGGGUCUCCUUUACUGAGUGUUCCUGAUGUACCUUCAUCUCCAAAAGAUCGAAGCAGUCCAGUUUCUUCUGAUGAGAUAGACACAGGCCUUUUUCUGUUAAAGAAGGACAGCGAAUGCAGAUCCAUUCUUCAUAAAAUCUUGAUUGUGGACGAGAAUCAGGUUGUUUCCAAUCUGUUGGAGAGUCUGACACAGGGUCGUGAAGAAGUUAAGCUGUCAGUUGACCACAUUAAGCAAAUCGUUGGUAUUUUACGGGAUUUUGUUCGCUCCCCAGAGCGAAGAGUAAUGGCCAAUACCAUCUCCAAAAUCAAACUGGACUUGGAUUUUGAUGGCAUCUCCAUUAACCAGUUUCAGUUGGUUCUGUUUGGUUUCCAGGAUGCGGUUAAUAAGGUUUUGAGACAACAUCACAUCAAGCCUCACUGGAUGUUUGCAAUGGAUAACAUUAUCCGUCGUGCAGUACAGGCAGCAGUCACCAUUCUCAUUCCAGAAUUACACUCUCAUUUUGGCACUGCCUCUGAGGGAGAAGGGCUGGACAAAGGUACAGAUGAGGUGGAACAUCCCAUGUAUCAACAGGAAGAGGAAGGUGAAAACAAGGACCUUCCUGUUACUCCAAGAGUGAACACUUUUAGUUCAGUCACAUCGCAAGACUUCCAGCACUUACAAAAUCCUCUGAGUGUGCAGCUGGGAAAACUGAGACUGGAGACAAACAGGCUUUUGGAAGACUUGGUCCGGAAGGAAAAAGAGUAUCAGAAGCUUCUUCAACAAACAGUUGAACAGAUGCAGCAGGAUAUGUAUUUUCUCCAGUUAAAAUCCAAACCAACAGAUAUCUCAGUUGCUUCAGUACAAAACCCUCCUGAACAUAACAGAGUGGAUCAAGAGCUCACUGAAUGGCUGCAAGAACAGGGAGCAGAUCUAUAUACAAUAAACAGGAUUUGUGCAGAAGGUUACUCGUUGCCUGAUGUUCUGACACAUAUCACUAAAGAUGAUUUAAGAAGACUUCAACUCCGAGGCGGACCUAUUUGCCGAAUCUGGAAUGGUAUUUUAAAGUUCAGGAAAGGAGACUAACCUUCCAGGGUGCUAUUUUUAAUGAUUAUGAAUGACCAAAGCUGCUAUUAUACCAACUAAUUAUGUCUGUAUUGAAUUGUGUAUUUGCAUAGAUUUAUCUGGACAUGUGCUGCAGAAGUCCUUCAGUACAACACAUAUUCUAAUGCUAACUGAGAAUCAACAUGGUCUAGUCACAUGCAGAUUGUCUGUAGGAUCUGGGAUUAGCAAAUGAUCUGAGGGAAGCUAAUAACCUCAAACUGACUUAUUCUGAAAAAUACUAUUCCCCCCCCCCCCUCCCCCGCCUUCACCUAAAAGCAUUGAGACCACUGAGUACUAAAUCAACUAUACUUCUCAGAGAAUGGGGAGAGGGAACUAAUGUCAUUUAAAAUUGCUCAUUUCAUUUUUAAUUAAAGAACAGGUAAUGUAUUUUCACCAAUAAAUCAAAACUUGAUUUCCUGGAUGUAAUCAACAGCAAGGACCUCUCUUUACAAUAUUCCCUUCAAUCAUUGCUCAAUAUGUUCAGUGUAGCCACUGAUAUCAGCUAAGAUUUACAGUUCUGAAUUAUUGUAUGUAAUUUAAUCUCCACAGCAUCUUAGUUAUAUGGGAAAUAUUUUAUCUCACUUAAGCAAUUUGUCAGUUGCCACGAGGGCUAUGAGAUUGAAAAAGCUAGAGUUUCCCAAAUAGAUGAAUUCAGUAUCGAAAGGACUGCAUAUUAUUUGAUUUUUGUAGACAGAAAAGUAAUUGCAAAUUAAUAUUAGCCUGAGAAAUAGGUUUUGCUGCUGAAUUUUUCCAUUUGUACAUAAUUGCACAACAUUUAAAGUAUUUUCAGACAGUACUGUCCUAGGAAUGUAACUAGCCAUUCAGCCUGGAGUCUAAUCUGUGACCUUUGCUCAGCAAGAUCAUGUUUUGCCAUUUUCAACUGGAUUCUGUCCUUGAAGACUUUUGAGAUUUCCACUGCUGUGAAGUGAAAUACAUUUCAAUUUCCUCCCUGAAUAAACGAGCUCUAAAUUUAAAGUUUGCCUCCCUUGUUCAGAAAUUUCCCACCAGGCAAAUAAUUUCUCCCUAUCAUGGCACAGAAUUCUCAUUGUGAAAUUGUUUUCAAUGUUCAGCUGCUUUGCUGUUGGACACUGAUGGCAAGGCAGCUCUAUAGGAAAACAAAUAUUCCUGAAAAAUUCUGACAUUUACUGGUUUAUUGCUGAUUAGGUAAAAUUGGAGUGAGUUUAGAUAGAUAGCACCAAAAAAUACCAUUGUCCAUAUUACUGAUGUUUCUUGCAUUAGGAUGUUAAAUCCAUUUAACAUCGUUUUCCGAGGAAAGUAAACUGGCUGUCAGCCUUUGACCUGUGUAAUCCACUAUACUAACCGAGGAUUAAUAAAGUAAUUUAACUGUGCCAUUGUACCACACAGAAUGGGCCAACUGUCUCACCAUGGAUGCAUAACUUCUCUGCUAAUCAAAACUCUGACUGUUGUCUUAGAACCUUACAUGAUCCAGUUAAUCGAAAGAGAUUCUAAAAAUUAACCACUUUUAGUAACUUAUUGGGAAAUUCAGAAACAGGUUAGUGUGCCUCUACAGCAUUGUCUGUGUGUUAAUGUUCGUGACCUUUACACCAAGAAUCAGAAAUUUAAGUAUUAUGAACCAGCAAAGGUAUUGAAGUUAGUGUGGAGAGGGUCUUUCAUUUCUGGACAACCUGAAUAUCCUCUGGCAGUUGUUAGAUUAAAAAGUGACUGACCUUCCUUUGCAGUAAGAACAUGCAAUAAGUACUUUUAUUGGGCUCAUUGAUGGACAUUGUCAUUAAUCUUCAAAAAAAUUAAGAUUAAAUUCACCAAAAAAAGCAACAUUACACAAUAUAAUCUUAUUUUGACUUUAUUACACAUCAGACACUAUCUAGCGAAACAGCAUCAACCCUGACCUGCUUCAGGAACACCCUCGAUUAAAAACACAACUGGUGCAAGAUGGCAAAUAUUAAAUCAUGGGACACAAUAAAUUCAUGGGAGUUGAUAAACUGCGUGUGAACAUAAAAUAACCAAAAAUAACAGUAAAAAGUCCUAAUUUUCUUCAAAAAAUUAAAUUUAAGCAAAGCUGCAUAUUAUGAACUUGACCAUCAGAUUCAAUUUGAGAAUGUACAUGUUGGUUGCGUAAUAAAUUUGAAGGGCAUUAUUCCUUUAGGAGACUGAUCUAUACUUGAUCCAUGGGUUAGUGCCCCGAACAUCAAACGCUGCUUCGUUGUGGUAAAUGUUGUGGGCCAGAUCAUCCAGAGCGGGUUCAGGGUCAGUGGUGGCAAAUUGUGCUGCUUCUUCCACCUCAUGUCUGACACUAACAUCAAUUUCCUGUAAGAAACCACAAGUGUUACUCGACCACAAGGGAAAUGCUGCAAAGCAACAUAAUAAACAACUAAGCAAUAAAAUGGUAUGGAAGGACAGAACAAUAGAAGAUACUCAUACAUGGUGAGUCAUAUUGGCCUUGGUCAAUGGAUUCCAUAAAAGCCCAGAAUAAGAUACUGCUAUAUAUUAAUUUCACCUGCAUAUAUACAAAGUGUCUGCUUGCAGCGUUUGACUAAUUUCACCAGAACAACUAAAAUGAUACAACUGCAGAGGUCGUCAGACAGCAGCCACUAAAAGACCUGUUAACCCUUUCAGGCCAGAUACAAUGGGGAGCUUCCCAGAAUUUUGAUUCUUCUUUCAUGCUACUUUUACCGAUUUUCUUUUUAACUUACAUCUUUUUAAACAUCUAAAAUUGUAUUGUGAAAACAAUUUUUCAUCUUCACAAGGGGACUAUUUGACCCCAUUUCUGUAAGCUGAGUAUCUUCAUUUCAGUUUUUCGUUUUUUUCUCUCCCAGACACCUAACAAGCUUAUGCACACAUUAUGCUGCUGUUUGAUCUGCCCCCAUUGCACCCCACUAAUACAUGAUAUGCAUUUCCAGCUGGAGGAUAGUAAUCAUGACUGAAGGGCAAUGCAAUUUUUACAAUACAUUCUCAAAAUUUACUAGUGCACUUUAAUACACAAAAGACCCAAUUAGGAAGAGUUUGUUUCAUCCUUCAUCCAACAUCAGAAGAAUUCACUCCACAAAUUGGUAAAAUGGAGAAACACAGAUCUUAAUUUGCAGGAAUAAACUGGCCUACCAAACUGUAAUUAAUCAAAAAUCUGGGUUUAUAUAAUUUCAUGAGGAUAUUCAUGUAAACAAAUUUAACAAACUGUUCUAUACAGUGAAAUGAACAAACUGUCGAUGUGUUAGUUUAAAAAUCAAUGCCUUAACAGACGUGAUCAUUUGUCACAAUCAAAUAAUCAAAGGCCCUGGAUAGCAACAUACCUUCAGCUCCUCUAUGCUGGACAGGUUCUUGUUCAGCAUCCUCUCCUUUAACAUGCUAAUGGGAUCACUCUUACUUCUGACUUCCUGGAUUUCUUCUCGAGUACGGUAACUGCAUACAAAGUACAAUUAAAACACUUGUUUAUAAGAUACUGCAGGUCAUCGACUUCCUUUCCUUUGGCGAAACUUCACUAUAUUUCAGUGAAGUAAAUAGUAAUUUGAAAAUUGAGGAAUUUUAAGAAGUUGUUGCUCCGUUCUUAAAAUUUCAGAAUGCCUUUGAACUUGAGUAAAUUAUCAACUUUAAUCUGAGAAAAUGAAUACCAUAUGAGGAAUAUGGUACAUUGUUGGAGAAACUGAACAAUGAUUUUAAGAAGUUUUUUUGCAACAAUAAUGCACAAGUAGUAAAUAAGUGGAGAUGAAAAGAUUUCACAGAUAUUAUUAGUGGACUCAAUUUAUUUCAUUUCCCAGAACUUUCCUCCCUGCAUGGGAUUAAAAAAAUAGUUUAAAACAAGUUUACUGUAGAGAUAUAAAGAUCAAUUAUAUUAAAAUGAGAUGUCCCAUAAUACUGCAAGUGUAUAUCAUUAUUUUAAUAGUACAGAUUCUAACAGAGACAGAUGUGCAGUUUUCUGAAGUUAACUAUUUUUGAUUUUAAAAAAGCCAGUGGAUCAUUGAAGUGCAGACAGUUUCUAGCAAGGUACCUGAUGCAGUCUUGCAGAAGAACUUUUAGUUUGAGAGCUUCCACAGAAACGUUUAAGUUGUCAGAACUGAAGUAAACUCAGGCUAACAGUGAUGUGACUUCUGUCUGGUCACCAAAUCACAAAAACAAUUGAUAUGCAAAUCCUUUCAAUAUCAAAUUUAUCCAUUCAGAAAACUCUAGUUUUCUCAGUUCCAAAAUGGCUCUGUUGUGUCAAUCGGCCCAAAACGUUUUCUGUACAGAGUUAAUGUUUUGGGUCCAGUGAUCUUAUGUUCUGAAGAAGGAUCACUGAGCCUGAACUGUUAACUCAGAUUCGACUCCACAGGUGCUGCCAGACCUGCUGAGGUUUUCCAGCAAUUUCGGUUUUUGUCUUUAACUGAAGCAAUACAGGAAACAAAAUGUAGAGACUAAAUUACAUCCAAUGAUUCAAUACCAGCAAUCUGACAUGGGAAGAGUUGAGAUAAGUGAUAUUUCUCUGCAAAUAAAUAAACAAAAAGGCAAUUGUUGGGAAAUAUUUAAAACUUUGCUCUACCAUGUUAAAAUAUGUAUAAACUGCAGUAAAUGUAUUCUAUUUUUACUCAUGUAAUAAACAUGUUAUUUUGUUAAAGAACAUUUGCAGCCUCAUGUUAAUACGUUUCAGUGACUAACUUCAAA